CCGGGAUUUGAAUGUCUGUUUAGGUCCUUAUCACUAUGCAGAUUAGUGCUGAAGUAGUGCAGAUAUUGCUGGUCAUGUGAAUGCCCUCCUGGUAGUAUAGUGUCCAUCAAUGUUGGAUAUGGGCAGCAACAAGAUGGACAUAUUGUAUUCUAGUCAGCUACCUAGCUAGUUAUUCAACAUCUUCGAAGGAGGGCUAAAUACACUCAUAAUAUAGCUCUCCCGCGUACGAACCAUGGCUUUCACACUGCUCAACCAUGGACCCCAUAAAGAACCAUUGUAUACCCGAUGCGGCAACAAUAAAGAAUGACCUCCAGAUAAAAGAAUCAUGAAACCACCAUACCCCGGCCGUCUCUCUACAUCAAGGCAUUGAAGAAAGAAAACAAGAAAUGCCAUGAAAUGUCCAAGACACCACUUUACACCCCCUGUCUCAUCUCCCUGAUCCUCACCACCCUCUUCUUAACCACCAUCACCAUUCUCCUCCUUACACCACCCACUUCUUUCCCACGUAUCAUCCCUCCUAUCUGUCCUUCACAGUCUCAAAGCCUAUCACCAGACCAGACGCACGGUCGAGUCUUCAACGAGCGUCCCGAACUCGAACGCACAGUCAACGACUCGGACGAGGUCCGGACAUGGGAAUCCAUCCUCCUGCCGCCAGGUGGCGGAGGCAUUCGCUCCCACACAAUCCCCGAUAGUAUUCAUCUCACUGCCGAUGAAAAGAAAGAGGAGAAAGUCCUCAGCUGGGGGAUCUCAAUGUUCCAUCAAUUGCACUGUCUGAUCGUGCUGCGGGCGAUUGUCUUCCCCGAGACAACGGAGAACACGAUCAACUCAACAAGUCAGGCACAUUCAGGCGAUAUGUUGCAUGACAAGGUGCAUUGGGCACAUUGCUUUGACUAUAUUGCUCAGGGCAUCCUCUGUGCUGCGGAUGACACGAUCGAACGGCCCCGGAAAACCAAGGUCCGACAUGGCAAGACUAUUUUCGACGUCGAUGGGGUGGGUGCGGUGCAUCAGUGUCGAGAUGCGAAGGUUCUGUGGCAGGCGUCGGUGAAAUCGAUGGAGGAACCGGUGGAUAUGGAGAAUUGGAGGGAGGGAGUGGGUGUGAGGGCGUUCUUGGGCGAAAGGAAAAUGGGACAAGAUGAGGAAGUGCCGGAAUUGUAUACCUUGGGAAUGGAGUAGUGCCUUCAAACUUCUGUGAUAGAUGUUGAAUCGAAGAGGUUGAUAUACAGCCGAGAGAU